GUCGUCGGAACAAAUCAAUUGUGGCGGAGGCUUUACAGCAACUUAGUGUCUACCAGCAGGGCCUGAAAUGAACAUAUAGACAGCCAUUGAGACUGCAUGGGGACGUGGGAGCCAUCGAGGGCCGUAUCUCUCUUGGGCUAGGAGAAUCGACAUGGACCGCUCGACAUCGAUAGGUCCAUUCGAGAUCGAAGGGCAUGCCACGUCAGAGCGAGUAUCCGCAGAACGCAAUUUGCAGGCACUGGGCUAUCGAAUGGGGGUGGCAAAUGCAUUUAGCAUCGCAGACUGACAGCACCUGUCCACCAAGCCAGGCUAGGGGGAAGGGGAAGGGGGCGAAAAGGCAUCCAAGGCUUAUGCACGAUGAAAGUGGAGUUAGAUAUUUGGAAGUCGGAGAGAGGAGUUGGGAAGUGUCACCACCUGGCAUCCGUCGCCUUCAACCCGCCGUGGAUGAGAAAAGGGGGGAGGAGGGGAAAGACGCAGGUAAUGAGAGGCAGCUUGGAAGGGAUUACAUGCUAAACAGCCAUGAUCCCUGUAGUCUGACGCCGUCAGCAGCAAGGCACAAUGAUGAUGGUGGGCCUAACUCAAUGACCCCGGUGAAUUUCUCUUGAAUGUUCAGCUGAAGGGUGAUUAUUAGCGGAUGGAAUGGCUAGACUACGACUAGUCCACGGUAAUCUAGGGUUCUGCUCCUUCUGAGCCAACCCUUCAUCUGAUUCGAUCUGCGGCAAUGCGGGGUAUUCAGUCCGAUGAACACGAUCAUAGAUUCAGACAUGAUUUGCCGCUGUCGGACUUGCCCAAGCAGGAGCCCGAGCCGCACC